AUGAAAGAUAAUACUUUUCAAUAUGAUAAUAUUUUUGAUGCAACUUGUGAUACUGUACAUGUGACAUUGUGGAUGAUUUUUCAGUUUCAAUAUUCAGCACUUGCCAAUGUAAACGAAGAAUCAUUGGAAAAUCCAAACCUAUUUGACAGAAAGCAGAAAUUUGAUGUUGAAUAUCUUGAUGCAAUUAUUAAAAAACAUAUUGACUCAGCAUUAUUUGUAACACCUCCAAAUGUUGUAAUUCUUGAGCCUGGAGAAGCUCCAAGCAAAAAUGAGUAUGUUCAUCUGGCUGUCGACAUGUUUCUCGAAGACUUUGAAAUAAGGGUAGAAGCAGGAGGUAGCAGUUCUGUGCAAGCUCCAGAACUAAUUAAUAUGAAAGUUGAAGAAAUCAAUCCAGAAUUAAUUAAUAUGGAAGUUGAAAAUAUCAAUAAAGAAGACUUGCAAUUAAUACCAUUAUCUGAAAUCAGUUUGUUUUUCAGAUCCACACUUCAAACAUCACGUCCAACAAAAUACAAAUCCACAGCAGUUGAAAAACAAUAUCUGAAAUAG